AUGUCUCGAAGCUACUGCAGCUACGAUGAAGACUGGCAGAGAAGAAAAUCCAUACUUAUUCGGAGUCUUUUCCACGAUCUACCAAUUCUUUCUCCAGUCACAGAAGAAUCUGAUGACUCGUACCCUCCCGUGAGAUCUUACGAGCCUCUGAAAGAACCACAAAGACCCUACAGCCCUCUCCCUCCCCUCAUAAUAGAGAGAAUACCGAAAAUAAACAAACACGACGAACCAGAGGAACACUACAAGAAACUAUACAUAAAAAUCAAAAGAAUAUAUAUUAAUGAAGAUGAAGAUAGCAAUGAUUUAGAUGAUGAUGAUCAUAGCGAUGCUAAUGAUAAUACAAUUUCUAACGAAGAGAAUGUUAGAAAAAGUUCUAAUUCCAAUGUGUCUAAUGGAUAUCACGCUGAUUCUGAAUCUAUAGAGACUGUUAUUGUUGAUGUUCUGAAUUAUACUAAAUCUACCAAUCAAGAAGCUUCUAAAAAUACUGAAGAAGCUUCCAAAACUUCCGAAGAAUUAGAAGAGGAGUCGGAAUCAAUAAGUUUGGAGGAAGAAGAUGAGAGUAAUCCUGAUAAAAGUAAUGAUCAAAGAAGCAGUGAUCAGGAGGCAAGUAAUGAUGAAUCAUCUAGCACUAAAGAAGAAGAUAAUGGUGACGAAUCAUUUGUAGAAGAACAAUCAAGUAUAUCAUUAACUUCUAAUCAACAGACAAAUGCAAUGUUAACUGCUGUAAGAACAGCCAUAAAUAUCAUAGAUGAUACAGAAGAUACGAAUGAUCAGGAGAUGAUUGAAGAAGAAUCAGACGAUAAAUCAAUUAGUAAUCAAGAUACUAAGAAUAAAUCUAGCUAUAGUACUGAAGAAAAUAAUCAAGAACUUCCUAAUCAAGAAGAGUUAGUAGAAAUCAUAAGUCAAGAAGAUAUAAGAAAUCAAGAGAUGUUAGGAGAAGAAAAUAAUGAUAAAAGAAUUACAAAUCAAAGUAACAAAUCUAGUAUUACUACAGAAGAGAGUAAUCAAAACAUUUCUCAAAAAGAAAUAACUAAUAAUCUAAGACAAGACCAACGAAAUAGAUUUGAAGACUUGAACAAAUCAAGAAUGAAUAUAGCAGACGCAGAUGAAGACGAAUUUGAUAAUUCUUCUACAAGUGACGAGGAAUGGGAUGGUGUUGAUGAAUCUGAAAGCCUUGACGAAGAGAACAGUAAAGAACUAACUGAUUCUGCUCUAGAGGAGAUAGAGAACGCACAAGAAUUAGAAGAAAAACUUGCUGAUAUGCCAACUGAUAUGAUGGAAGAAGAUGAAGCGGACGUCAUAAUCUAG